UUUGUGGGGGCGAAUUGCUUUGAUUUUCCGUCCGUGAGUUUCCCUGCAACUUGCCGCCGACUUCUUCUUCCCCCUGCAGCUCCGGUUUUGCUUGCUGGAUUCUGGUUCCCGAUCGUUCUGUCAGUUAGUACGUGAAUUGAGUGCUUGGUUUUAUGCGAGUGAGGUAAGUAAAUUUAUGGUAAUGCCCGUACUGUUUUGAAAGCAUGUUUUGAUUUGUUUUUGAAGUGGUGGCGGGACUAAACCCGUUUUACACAAGUAUGACUGAUUUGAAGUGAAAUGUUUUGUGCUUUUCAUGAAAUUGAGCAUGCCUAUUUGAAAUUUGAGUGACUGUCCUGAUGAUCUGAAAGUGAUUGAUGAAUUAUGAUUUUUCUGAUAACUUUUGCCUGUUUUGUCUCCGAUAUGGUCAUGUUAUUCGUGUGCCCGCUAGUGGGAGGUUUAUAAACGCUAGCACAUGUCGACAUGUUACUGAUAGAACCGGUUCGUUUCUGUAACCCUACUAGUGGGGGUUAAACACUAGUAAUUUCUGUAGCCCGCCAGUGGGAGGUUUAUAACACUGGCCGUGACCUAUGGAGGAGACGUCUAUUUCGUUCCCGUACUGUAUCCGUUUUGCGUGAUUGCACAUGUGGCAUGCUUUAAGUUUGAUAAGGGGCACUCCAUAUUUUACUUACUGAGUUUAUCUCAUAGUUUUUUCUUGUCCACCAUUUCAGGAAGUGAAACCGAGGACGGGGAAACCACGGGAGGUGACGAGUUAGAAAGCUAGCCAUUUCGAGAUUGAUAUAGAUUCUAGAAAUCAUGAUCUUGUAAGCUAGAGUGUAUUGGAGAUUUUAUGAUAUUAGAGCAGAUUUUAAAAGUUGAUCUUCAGAUUUUGGUGGUAUCA